AUGGACGAUAUCAACCCUGCUAUAAUUGACAUCCCUCAUCCUGAAGGGUCUCCCUUUGCCGACGCAGUUUCCCCCGACACUUUACAGUUCAUGGCAGAUUUAGCUGAGAAUAACGAACGCGAAUUCAUGCUACUACACAACGAGAGAUGGUUGAAGACAAAGCAAGAUUUCACUGAUUUUGUUGGACAAGUCAUGGAGCAUACUCGUCAGUUAGACCCAAGUAUUUUGGAAAGUCCAGCCAAAGAAGCUGUCUAUCGACUAAAUCGUGACUUGAGAUUCACUAAUGAUAAGCGACCGUAUAAAACCUUCCUGUCUGCUUCAUUCUCUCGAGGGGGUAAGAAAAGCCCCUUUGCCGGUUACUAUCUCAGCGUCUGCCCAGGCAACCGCUCUUUUAUAGGAGCCGGAGUGUGGAGUCCGUCCUCGGCCAUUAUAUCGCGCAUUAGAGAGGGUAUAAUGAACGACCCGACAUUAUUACGACAAGCUCUUGAAUUGCCCAUGAUUGAAGAGAUAUAUGGCUCAAAAGGAGUGGAUGCCCUUGAAGAUGAUGACCGCUUGAAAACUGCUCCCAAAGGCGUUGAUAAAAAUCAUCCAGAUAUUGAUCUGUUGCGCUACAAAAGUUUUGUCAUAGGUAGACGGUGGGAGGAUCAAGAAGUCGUGUCUGAGGGAUUUUUGGAAAAGGUUACCGAUGCGUAUGAAGCCCUUGUACCGUUUGUCACUGUGCUUAAUGCUUGGACCGGAUGA